CAUAGUAAAUAUAUCCGGACCGCGCACUCCGCGGUUUGCAGUGUUUGUUCAAUGCUUUUGUCCAUGUGCUGCGUAGACUACAGUUUCUGCUGACACUUUGUAAAACGUAGCCUAUAAUGUGUUGACUAACUGUGGUCCGGGGACACAUGGCGCCAGGUGGUCUCGUGCAACAUGAGGAAUUACAUCUGAAAGCCGGUGUAUUGUAUCAGAAUGAAGUCUUCCUCUUGCUAUUUGCUUUUACGUAUUGGUGUAUUUUUGAGCUAUCUCUAUCUUCAUGAUCUGAAAAUGUUAGUUUAGACUUACGCCCGUGCCUUUAAAUAACGUUUUUCGGGUUGAGUAGCCUAUUUAAUGAUUUAUCAUUCAUCCAGUUUUUUCACCCAGAUUCAACUCAACCCCGUAAAUCCAAUCUGUUGUGUAGUUACUAGCCUAAUUUCUUCCUGUGGGGCAAACUCGCAGGCUAUCAGAAGACGGUGGGUGGUCGGUGAAGUAGUGAACUAUGUCCUUUUGUAUGAGAAAACCUGGAUCCUCUGGAUUAAACAGCAGCCACCGUAGCUGCUCAGGGGAUGUGUCCUAGAGCACCGCCCUCAAACACUGGACUCGAGCUGCACAGAGAAACUGCUGCCUGUCAGGCUGACUGAGGACCGACACACUCCACACAACAGUCCAGGAACAGCUGUUUGACCGAAGAAGAGUUUGGAUUGAGUUGAGAUAUGAGACUGGGCAUGACGGUGCGGCCCAAGCUGAGGGUGUAGCCACAUCUGGCAGAGAGUGCUGAAGUAAGCAGGAGCCUCGGCACACCAAACCAUCUGCUGCUGUGGGAAAGAUGGGAGAGACAGAGGAGGAGAGGGAUAAUGUGGGGAAGCUGUUUGAGAACUUUGUCCAGGCCUCGACCUGUAAGGGAACCCUUCAGGCCUUCAACGUCCUCUGCAGACAGUUGGAGCUCGACCCUGCAGACCACAGCACCUUCUACAGCAGUCUGAAGGCGAUGGUCACCACCUGGAAGGCCAAAGCACUAUGGACUAAGCUAGACAAGAGAGUGUCCCAUAAGGAGUACAAGAAAGGCCAGGCAUGUGUGGGCACCAAGUGCCUCAUCAUUGGAGGGGGCCCCUGUGGCCUGCGGACAGCCAUCGAGCUCGCUUUGAUGGGUGCCAAAGUGGUGGUGAUCGAGAAGAGAGACUCCUUCUCUAGGAACAAUGUGCUGCACCUUUGGCCCUACACCAUUCAUGACCUGCGGGGCCUCGGGGCUAAAAAAUUUUAUGGCAAAUUCUGCGCCGGGGCCAUAGACCACAUCAGCAUUCAGCAGCUGCAGCUGAUCCUACUGAAGAUCGCCCUGAUUGUUGCAGUGGAGUUUCACAUCAAUGUGGAGUUUGUCAAGCUGUUGGAACCUCCAGAGGAUCAGGAAAAUGAAGGGCUUGGAUGGAGGGCUGCGAUCCGACCUGCUGAUCACCCCGUGGCUAACUUUGAGUUUGAUGUUGUUGUGGGGGCUGACGGACGCAGAAAUACUCUGGAAGGUUUCAAAAGGAAGGAGUUCAGGGGGAAGCUGGCAAUCGCCAUCACGGCCAACUUCAUCAACAGGAACACCACUGCAGAGGCCAAAGUAGAAGAGAUCAGCGGUGUGGCCUUCAUCUUCAACCAGAAGUUCUUUCUCGACCUCAAAGAGGAAACAGGUGUCGAUCUGGAGAACAUUGUGUAUUACAGGGACAACACGCAUUACUUUGUCAUGACUGCCAAGAAGCAGAGCCUGCUGGACAAGGGAGUCGUCAUUAAUGAUUACAUAGAAACCCAGAUGCUGCUGAGCAGUGAAAAUGUCAACCAGGAAGCUCUUCUGUGCUACGCCCGAGAGGCGGCUGACUUUGGCACCAACUACCAACUUCCCACACUGGAUUUUGCCAUGAACCACUGUGGGCAGCCAGAUGUAGCAAUGUUUGACUUCACAAGCAUGCACGCCUCAGAGAACGCUGCUCUGGUCAGGGAGAGAUUUGGACACCAGCUGCUGGUAGCACUGGUUGGCGACAGUCUGCUAGAGCCCUUCUGGCCCAUGGGGACGGGUUGCGCCAGAGGCUUCCUGGCUGCCUUUGACACGGCCUGGAUGGUAAAGAGCUGGGCUCAGGGUCGCACGGUCCUGGAGGUGCUGGCAGAGAGGGAGAGUAUUUACAGGCUACUUCCACAGACAACACCUGAAAACAUUGCCAAAAACUUUGAACAGUACACCAUAGACCCUGGGACUCGAUACCCUAACCUCAACUCCUCUUGUGUCAGGCCACACCAGGUGCGUCACUUGUACAUCAGUGGAGAGAUGAAUUCCUGCUCUCUGGAGCGUGCUGCUACCAUACGUCGGCCUGUCAAUCUCUGCAGACGAGAGUCAGAGAUAAGACCGGCAAGGCUUCUUACCUGGUGCCAGAAACAGACAGACGGCUACAGGAAUGUGAUGAUCACAGACCUGACGUCUUCCUGGAAAAGCGGGAUCGCCCUCUGUGCCCUCAUCCACAGGUUCAAACCCCAGCUGAUAGAUUUUGACUCAUUAAAUGAAGAAGACCAUGCUGCAAAUCUCCAGCUGGCUUUUGACGUCAGUGAGCGAGAAUUUGGGAUCCGAUCAUUCACAUCUGUGAAGGAGCUGAGUGCGGAUCAGGAGCUGGAUAAGACCAGGAUGAUCACCUACUUGUCCAAGUUCUAUGAGUUCUUCCGUGGCACACCUCUACCUGCCUCAGGUUCCAGAGGAGUGGAUGAAAACGAUGAAGAUUAUCCAUCUAAGGAAGUCAGAAGUAAUAAUAAUGUGCUCAAUCUUGCACUGCCAAGGAAACGGGUACCAAAGGAUGAAAAGAAGUCAGACGGUACAGAUCCCAUUUACAAAAGGAGGCGGAAAUUCUGCAGUUAUUUGGAGGAGGCCACCAAUCUGUCGAGUAAUGGCCCCUCAGUGCGAGAGGGCCGAGAGCCCAAGGAAAACAAAGUGCGCUCAAUGGCUACUAAGUUGCUGGCAAAGUUUGAAAGCACACCCAGCUACACCGUCAGGAAAACACAGUCUGACUGUGAGACAUCCUCCCCGCUGCAAACUCUUGACCUGACUGAGAGUCUGCACAUUAAACUCAGGCCUCCGGUCCCACCUAAACCUCCUCCUGAGAAACAGUUUGAAGUCAGUAUCAGAAAAGCAGCAGAACACUUAGUCCGCCUGCCUCCAAAGACUUUGCGCAAACCCCAGCUCCAGCCUCAGUCCCAGCAUCCAUUUUCUGUACUGAAGCUCAGACAUGUUGAUCAAACACACGCUGAGAUGAAGCCCCAGCCUCAGCCUGAGAGUGCAGACACCCCUGCUUCUUCUCCCUCCUGCCACUCAGCAAUCCAUUUCAUGUCGAGAGUCCUCCAGCGUCUCAGGGAGGUGGAUGAACACGUCUCUGAGGCUUGUGUAAUGUGUAGUCAGAUGGUGAAGUCAGCCCCUAAAUUAUCCAGCCUGACGAAAAUGACAAGAACAGGCCUCCUACACACCUGGCACAAGCCGAGACAGACACACAGAGGGAUUAUUGGGCAGUCUGAGUCCAUGUGGAACAGGUCGGAAGUUUUUUGUUGAGAAAAAUGGCAAUGUGUGAGAUAUUUUAAUUUCAAAUGUAGUUUCACCUAAAUGUUCCUAAAAUACAGGGGACAGACAAAAUAAUUUAAACACUCAAUCAAAACAACUUUCAACCAAACCACUAUUGCAAAAACGGUCAUAAUGAUGGGUUAUUUUACUAUUAUUGGUCAACCUCAGUAGUGUGUCUUUUAUUUCUGUGUUGUUUAGUUUUAAUUCGUGACCACUGUUCCUCUUUGCCAGUGCAGCUUGUCUGUGUUUGGCAUCAUCAUGAUUUAUGGCACUACUGCUUACGUAUGAUGUAGGCUAACAGUGUUUGUAAUUAUCAUUAAAGAAAUAGUUCAACAUUUUGGGAACUACGCUUAUUCGCUUUCUUGCUGAGAGUUAGAUGAGAAGAUUGAUAUCACUCUCUUAUCAGUGUGUACAAGUACAGAGCUGGAACCAGGAGAUGAUUAGCUUAGCUUAGCAUAAAGACUUUCUAUAAAGUUCAAAUAUACGCCUACCAAAAACGGACUAAUUAUACAAUCUUUGUCCUUUGUUUAAUCCAUUGACAAACGACAAUUUGUGGCUUUAGGUAGAUUGACGUGCUCUAAGUAUGUUUUGGCUAACAACAGCCGGGUGCAGUGACUUCCCAGAGUCCUUUCAACGUGAGGUUGCCAUGCCACCAGCGGAGACGCUGCACAGAAGUGCUGGGCGGAUAAACUGUUGACUUUAGAGGUGCUGAUAGUUGCUGUUUCCCCCUGCUUACAGUCUUUAUGCUAAGCUAGGGUAACUGCUUUCUAGCUCUAACUCCAUACUUAAUGUACAGACUUGAGUUUGUAUUGAUCCUAUAACUCCUAUAACUCUUGAAUAACAAAGCGAAUAAGUGAACUAUUCCUUUCAUUUGUUGUCUUCAUUAUUUUGUCCACCCCUGUAUUAUCAGUGUGUAGAUAAUCCAGUUUAUAGUAUUCUUUUAAACUAAUCUUAAAUUUAAAAUGCUACUUUUAAUUAAUGUGCUUUGAAAUUUGACUUUGACUCACUUAAGCCUUAAAGACUCAAUACUUAACGUAGAUAUUUUUUGGCUUAACCGACGUACUUGUCUCUGAUUUCUCUGCCAGGUCUGUGUGGCUGUCCCCGUUUUCUGUUUCAGUACAGUAUGAGUAACCACAUCAAGUGGGGUGUGAAAUUAAUGUAAUAAGGCAUCUUUUGUUCCACACAGCGACGUUAUUGUUCUCCUCCCGACAAUACACACUUAGCAUUAAAUCCUGCUUCUUGUUGGGGAAGUAGAACAGAAAGGUCUUUCAUCAUUUAGCUGUGUAGUGCGUAUUAAAUGGUUAUUAGUCUACCUAAUUAUGUCUACAGACAGAAAGCUUCACAUUUGUUGGUGGGAGAAUGUGUCUCACUGCACUGAGGAGGCAAGACUGAUGGCUUUUCUUUUGUUCCUGUGCUCCGUGUCAUC